AUGUUCGGAAACAAUUUUGGCGGAGGCUCCUCCAUGUUCCAGAGCAAUCCGUUUGGAGUACAACCAGCACCAGGAACAACAACUAGCAACCCGGCCGGGUCGGCAGCAGCAGCAACGUCUUCAUCUCCAAGCGCAAAGCGGCAGAAGCUCGACACCAGCAGCGUAGCGGCAGCAGCUCCGGCGCUUCUCCCGCCGAUUCCGAAGGAGCAGGCCGCGCCGCAGCAUGUCGACGCGAACCAGCUGGCGGUGCUGGAGGACAAAAAUGAUCCGCUCGGCCCCCUGCAGCCGGGCCAGUCGACUAGCGUGCAGGGUUCGGGAACGUCUGUGUACACCAUCGAGCGGAAAGGCGGAGCCACGAUCGAGGCCGGCGCCUACUACCAGUGCAGCUGUCCGGCGUUCAAAUUUUCGAAUAAGGCGAAUAAGGGGAAGCCGUGGGCGGCCCGGACCUGCAAGCAUUUGCAAAAACUGCGGGGCAUGGACCGGGAAGAGCAACGAAUCCGAGACUGGAUGGCCUUGCACGGUGCGGGCGGGGCGAAAGUCAGCGGUGGCGCGGGUGAGGAUGGUCUUGGGGAGAAAGCGGUCAAGCCGGCGAAGGCCAAGGCCAAAGCAAAGGCUGGGGCUGCGGCGGCAAAGAAGCGUACUUACGUUAAUAUUUUUUUACAUGAUAUAGUUAAAGAUGCGUAGUCUGCUUGUUCUUUCAGCUGUCUUUUACCUGUUUGCUUUCUUCUGUCGCCAUGAUGUACUCAGCGUGCGGCCAUUUUUUGGUGCAAGGCAAAGCCAAAGUUUGUAUCAAUCUGUAGCUGUUCCUGUUCGACGAAGAACUAGCACUGUCACAGAACAACCACCGACCCAAUUUUUCAACAGGCGCCCGCAAGUCCGACGACCAAGUUGUGGAUGAAGCAGCGGACAACAAGGAUGGUGAGGAGGAGGAGGGUGCUGUCGCUCUGCUGCUCGCGCAGACCUGGAAUCCCGCCACGCACGACGUGACGAACUACUGGGCGUCGGAGAAGCUCGAUGGCGUCCGGGCGUAUUGGGACAACGAGCAACAGAAGUUCUUCUCCCGGGCCGGGAACGUGUUUCACGCCCCGAAAUUCUUCACUGAUGCGUUGCCGAAGUCACACAAACUCGACGGGGAAUUGUUUCUCGGGCGGAAGAAAUUCCAAGAGUGCGUCUCGACCGUCAGAAAGCAUGUGCCGCUGGAAUAUCCUCUGGGGAAGAUUUUUUUUCAUGGUUUGACAAGCUCCUGCUACUCGAGUUGAUAGUUUUGUCAUACGUGCAACGAACUACGGCUGGUCAUGCAGAAAAGUGUACGCUUGCAGCAGGGGUUUUGUUGAACAAGAACUCUGUAGAGUAAGCAUACGUGUGUAGGUGGAGGGGACCCCUCAUUUGUUCGCUGCAACAACCCGAAAGAACUGAUCCUAAGAAUAAGAUUGCAGUACUAAAAUAAGAGUACUCUUUGUGAAGACAACCAGCAGGACUCACUACAGUCCUUGAGCUUGGAUUCAAACCAGGAGGAAUUUCCCCCCGGCGAUACCUACCACGAGUGGCGACGGAUGAAAUACAUGGUUUUCGACGUGGUCGAUGAAAGCCUGCGUUUCGAAGAGCGCAUGGCAUUGGCGAAAAAGCUUCUCGCAGCCCAAAAUAGCACUAGCAACAACCCUUCAUACGCGGUUUUCCACGAGCACACGCAGCUGAAACUCAGCGGAGCCACCACGAAUCCACCCGGGGAACAACUACAACCUCCGACGAGCAAAAGUCCCAGCUCCAGCUCGAAAACCACGACUACUACUGCGACGGCCGCAGCAGGAGCAAAAUCGUCGAAAACGAACAACCCACCGAACAACCCGCUGAAGGACAAGGUGAAUGAAAUCGUGUUCGCGAUGCUCAAGAAGGUCGAGCAGGACGGCGGCGAGGGCUUGAUGCUGCGCGAGCCGAACUCCUUGUAUGAGCGGAAGCGGUCCAACACCUUGCUGAAGGUGAAAACAUUUUUCGACCUGGACGCGACGGUCGUCAGAAUCGAGCAGGGCGCGGGCAAACACAAGAACCGGAUGGGCGCGCUCGUGUGUAAGGACGCGAUGAACAGGAGCAUCGAGUUCAAAGUCGGAACGGGGUUUACGGACGAAAUGCGCGAGAACCCACCACCAGUGGGGAGUUUGAUCACGGUGAAGUACCAGGAAAAAACGAAGGACGGAAAACCAAGAUUUCCGGUCUUCAUGCGGGUAAGGACGGAUAAGUAGGAGCGAGAGCAGAUUAGAGGAUUUCUGAUCAGCAUAAACUACCUAAUAAAGGCUCUUGCGAAGGAAGACCGUUGGCGUUGCUGUACGUAGGUUGUAUUCACAUCUUUAACAAAUGAGAAAGAACUUCAUGGUAAUCGUAUGUACAACGCGUAUCAAAAAACAACAAAGGCGAGAGAUUCGGAAACAGCGUGCGUGUUUACGUCUGGUAACGUGCGCAGAU